AUGCCCAAAUUCGUGUAUCACUACUUCAAGAGCAAGGCACUGGGAGAGGCUCCCCGCCUGCUAUUCGCUUAUGGAGGCCAAGAGUUUGAAGACGUUCGGUACACUGACGAAACCUAUCCUGCCUACAAACCAAAUACACUGUUUGGCUCCGUGCCAGUAUUAUUUAUUGACGGCAAGCAAUACGCUCAGAGUCUCGCUAUCAGCCGUUACUUGGGGAAGAAGUAUGGCCUUGUCGGAGCCAAUGAUGAGGAAAACUUGGAGAUUGAUCAAAAUGUUGACUUUGUCAACGACAUCCGUGCCAAGGCUGCCUUAGUACAUUACGAACCCGACGAGGCUGUGAAGGAAAAGAAACAUGAAGAUUACUUCAAAAACGUGUACCCUGACCUCUUAGCUAAACUCAAUGCUCUAAUUGAGAAAAACAACGGCUACCUAGCAGUUGGGAAGCUAACCUGGGGUGAUUUCGUGCUCGCGGGCAUGAUCGAUUACUUGAAGUUCAUGAUGCGGAUGCCAGGUCUUGAGGAGAAGUAUCCUGCCCUCAAAAAAGUCCGUGCCAAUGUAUAUUCCAUCCCAAAGGUGAAGGCAUAUGCUGAUGCGGCCCCUUAUUCUGCUCACUGA